AGACAACCGAGCCCCCCUCGCCUUCCCUCAGGGAAAAAGGGAGGGAAGAAGGGCAGCAGCAAGCCCUUCCUCCUCCUCCUCCUCCUCCCACAGCCGUCCAUAUUGGGGUGCAGGGAGAAGGAACCAGGGGGAAUAAUAGUAAUAAUUACCACUAUUAGUAAUAUUAAUUAAUUAGUAAUCGCCUCACAAUAAUAAAUACUGUACGUUCCCAAACGAAUUCCGAAACCCUUCCCCUGACUCAGCCGUCUUGCCCUGCUCUCUCUUCCUCCAAUUCACUCCCAAUUACUUACUAUUGGCGCUGAAUGACAAUUUACUUUUGAUUCUUGGGACUGAAUCCCAAUUUAUUCUCAAUUAUUGGGAGUGAAUCCCAAUUUAUGCCCAACGAUUGAAACUGAAUCCUAAUUUACUUGCAAUUCUUGUAAGUGAAUCCCAGUUUACGUCCAACUAUUGGGACCGAAUCCCAAUUUACUUUCAGUCCUUGGGAUUGAAUCCCAAUUUAUUCUCAACUGCUAGGAGCAAAUCCCAAUUUACUUUCAGCUAUAGGGACUGGAUUCUAAUUUACUCUCAACUGUUAGGAGCAGAUCCCAAUUUACUCCCAACUAUUGUGACUGAAUGACAAUUUACUUUCAAUCGUUGGGACUGAACCCCAAUUUACUCUCAACUGUUAGGAGUGAAUCCCAGUUUAUGCCCAACUAUUGGGACUGAAUCCCAAUUUAUUCCCAACUAUUGGGAAUCAAUCCCAAAUUUUCUCCCAGUUCUUGAGAACAAUUCCCAAUUCCUGGGAACAAAUUCCAACUUACUCUGAACUACUAGUUAUUCGGAGUGAAUCCCUAUUUACUCCUCCCUUUCUCUUUCUGCUCCCAGAGGAAGAUUUUUAUUUCUCUGGCCUCCUCUAUUGCCCUGCAUGGCCCACUAACUGCAGCCCCCCCCCCCCCAAAAAAAAAGUCACACACAACAACAACCACCCAACAACAAAUUUCCUUUGCACUCUUUGCACGAGGAGCUCUUUCUUCCCAGGCCCCCCAAAACAGCUGUUCAGAGCCUUCCUAGGGACCCUAAAAUAAAAGUUAAAGAGUCCAAAGCCUUCCCAGGAGCCCCCAAACCCAAAAGUUAAGGGGUUCAGAGCCUUCUCAGUGGCCCCAAAAAAUUAAAGCCAAAAGAUCCCACAGCCUUCCAAGGGACCCCAAAACAAAAGCUCACACCUUUCCCAGGGACCCCAAAAACAAACUUCAGAGUCCAGAGUCUUCCCAAGGACCCCAAAAGGAGUUCAAACCCUUCUCAGGAACCCUCCAAAACAACAGUGAAAAGAGCCCAGACCUUCCCAGGGACCCUCCCCAAAACAAAAGUUAAAGAGUCCAAAGCCCUCCCAGGAACCUCAAAACCCAAAAGUUAAGAAACCUUCCCAGUGCCCCCCCAAAAAAGUCGAAAGAGCCCAGAGCCUAGUUCCAAGGGACCCCAAAACAAAAGUUCACACCUUUUCCAAGGACCCCCCCCCAAAACUUCAAAGUUCAGAGCCUUCCUAAGCCCCCCCAACAAAAAGGAGUCCAGAGCCUUCCCAGGGACCCCCAAAAACACAACCCCAAAGAGUCCAGCCCUCUUCCCUUGCCUUGAAUCCGGACUAGUGCCAGGAGGCGAGGGAGGAGGGCGUGUGCAUGGCAGAGGAGGAGGAGGAGGAGGAAAGGGAAAUGUUGGUGUCUCCUUCUCCCUGGAAACGCUGGGGCAGGGACUGAAGCAGCCAAGGGGGAGAAAGUUUCCUGGCCUGGAGGCGCCUGGGCUGCAAAGGCAAGGGAUGCUCUUGGCGGAGGAGAGACACAAGGAGGAGAAGCAGCAGCAGCAAUAGCAGCAUUGGGCUGCUCUGGUGCCGCAUUGUGUUUGCUGAGCCUCCUCCUGGGCGGCGGGGGCUCAGUAGCAUCCUACCAAGAAGAGGAGGAGGAGGAGGAAGCAGCAGCAGCAGCAGCAGCCUCUCUGCAAAAGCAGGCUCUCUCUCCCCCCCAUUUCUCUUUUCAUUCCCUCCUUCGCCCACUUCUCUCUUCCUCUUCCUCAGUGCAAUGUGAAAGCUUUGCACCACUCAACAACAACAAUAACAACAGCAGCAGCAACAGCAGCAGCAGCAGCAGCAGCAGCCCAAGGAAUUGGAGGAGCCUCAGCCUGGUACAUGCAUCCGAUAAUCAUCUUCUCCUACAAAAUGGAUUUCAGCCAGAACAAUCUGUUCGGUUACAUAGAAGACCUGCAGGAACUUACCAUUAUCGAAAGGCCGGUGCGCAGGAGCUUGAAGACACCUGAAGAAAUAGAGAGACUAACAGUUGAUGAAGAACUGAAUGAUAUUGAAAGGGCCGUUUAUCUGCUCAGUUCUGGCCAGGAUAUCCAAGGAACAAGUGUGGUUGCAAGUCUUCCAGUGCUGAUGCGACAGAAUCCUGCAGAGACAUUAAGGAGAAUUUUGCCAAAAGUUCGAGAGGUCUUGCCUGUUGCAGGGGUGGAAAUGCAGUUAACAGCUGCUGUUUCACUUUUGACUAUUCUACAAGAGGAAUCAAUAUCCAUCCAUACUUACUCCCACUCCUUCCUACACAUCAUUUUACAGAAUCUGGAGCACAGAGAUGCAGGUGUUAGCAAUGCCUGGCUGGAAACUCUUCUUGCUGCAUUAGAAGCUUUGCCAAAAGAAACCAUCAGACAUGAGAUCCUGAAUCCACUUGUUUCCAAGGCACAGUUUUUCCAAAUUCAGUCUCGCUUAGUUAGUUGUAAAAUCUUGGGAAAAUUAGCUAACAAGUUUGAAGCUCAUAUUGUUAAAAGAGAAAUUCUUCCACUGGUGAAAUCUCUCUGCCAAGAUGUAGAAUAUGAAGUUCGUUCCUGCAUGUGUCGGCAACUGGAGCUCAUAGGUCAAGGAAUAGGGACGGAGCUAACAAAAAAUGUAGUGCUUCCUGAGCUGGUAGAAUUAGCAAGAGAUGAAAGUAGUAGUGUACGUCUUGCAGCUUUUGAGACCUUAGUCAAUCUUCUAGAAAUGUUUGAUGCAGAUGAUAGAAGUCAAACUGUCCUUCCAUUGGUGAAAUCAUUCUGUGAAAAAUCCUUCAAAGCAGAUGAAUCUAUUCUGGUUUCAUUAUCUUACCACUUAGGGAAGCUUUGUAAUGGACUAUAUGGGAUUUUUACACCAGAGCAGCAUUUGCGAUUUUUGGAAUUCUAUAAGAAGCUUUGCACACUGGGAUUAGAGCAGGAAAAUGGGCACAAUGACAACCAGGUACAGCUCCAAACCCUAGAACAGGAAAAGAAGUACAUAUCAGUGAGGAAGAACUGUGCUUACAAUUUACCAGCCAUGAUGGUUUUUGUGGAUCCAAAAAACUUCAAUUUAGAAUUGUAUUCUACAUUCUUCUGUCUUUGCCAUGACCCUGAAGUACCAGUCAGACACACUAUGGCUAUUGGCUUCUAUGAAGUUGCUAAGCUUUUAAAUACCGAUGUGUAUUUAAUACAUAAAGAACUGGUAGCCCUAUUACAAGAUGAGUCACUAGAGGUGUUAGAUGCAUUAAUAGGUCACCUUCCCGAAAUCCUUGAAUUGUUGUCCACCGGAGGGGAAGGUGGAGGAUCAGACAGUAAGUUGUUAAAUUUUCCAGAGUUGAUUCCAGCACUAACAAGAGCAGAACAGAGGGCAGCAACCUCUUUAAAAUGGAGGACUCAUGAGAAGUUACUACAGAAAUAUGCCUGCUUGCCUCACGUCAUCUCAAGUGAUCAAAUUUAUUAUCGCUUUUUGCACAGAAUGCUGACAAUCAUUAUGACAAAUAAUGUCUUACCCGUCCAAAAAGCAGCUGCUCGAACUCUGUGUGUCUACUUACGUUAUAAUCGCAAGCAAGAACAGAGACAUGAAGUUAUCCAGAAACUGAUUGAACAACUGGGCCAAGGAAAAAGCUACUGGAACAGAUUGCGUUUUUUAGAUACCUGUGAAUUCAUCAUAGAACUCUUUUCCAAAUCAUUUUUCUGUGAAUACUUCUUUCUCCCAGUGCUUGAACUUACACAUGAUCCAGUAGCAAAUGUGAGAAUGAAGCUUUGUUAUUUGUUGCCCAAAGUGAAGUCUACCCUCAAGGUUCCUACAGAUAAACAUUUACUGCAGCAGCUAGAGCUGUGUGUAAGAAAGCUGUUAUGUGAGGAGAAAGACAAAGAUGUCCUGAGCAUUGUAAAAAAAAUGGUGUUAGAACUGGACAGAAUGGAAACUUCUUUGGAUGCUUUUCAGAAGAGAUUUUAUGAAAAUGAUCUGUUGGAUCAGCAAAAGGAAAGAGAGGAACACCUUCUCUUAGAAAUGGAACAAUUAGAAAAAGAGAAACAGCAAAAUGAGAGCAGGUCUACCAGUAUGAGCGAUAAAAUGUAUGAAAAGAAGCGUAGAGACAGUAAAACAGCAACAACUUUAGCCAAAACUAUGUCAAUGUCUGUUUCUGGAAAUCCUUCAGGUGCUUCAUCAAGCAAAGAAGUAAAAAAGUCUAAAUUGGUUCGAAGCCAGUCUUUCAGUAGUCAGGCCUUGCACUCAAAAUAUAGCAACAUAGACAAGUGUGCCAGCAAAAGUUCUUCAACAGGAUAUUCGUCAAUGUCAACAGUAGGAAAGAGCUCUAUGUUCUCUUUUGCAGACGAUUCCUUCCGUACUCGGCCUGGCAACUCCAGUGGGACUGCUGCUACUUUUUCCUCUACUACUACUUUACCAUCUUCCUCUCGUAAUGCAAGUAAUUCAGUUGAUCAAAAGAGCAAUGGGAGUAAAGAAAGCCAUUCGCGGAAGGAAAAACAGGAAGUCCAACUCGUAGAGCUGAGGAAAGAACGAACGCACACCAAAGACCGCUGGGGGCAACAUGGCUGAGGGCUUGGCAAAAACUGGAGUACAGUACAACCUUGAACAUAUGGACCAGAGAGGAGAGACUGACUGCAUCUCACAGUGUUAACAUCUUCUGUCAGUUAAAUAAAUUCCUCUGUUGUAAAAUAUCUUCAUAGAAAUAAUGUAAUAUGUGCAGAAUUCCAAUGUUGUAAGUGAAGUGUUUAAUUCAAUGUUACUUUAGCAAUGUGCUUAAAAACUGUUGCAGCUAAAGAGACAGGGUUUUCCUUCCCUCUGCCUUUCCCCCUUUCAAUUAUGCCUUUUAACAGUUCAGGUUAUUCGAUUUGGAAUACAAGUGCCCUCUACUUUAAAACAUACCUAUUUUAUGAGCUUAGGGGCUCCUAAUAUGCCUUUGCUAUGGAACUAGGACCAUAUAAGUGAAACUGCUCUGCAUAUAUGAUUAACUGACCCUUGACACUUUAACAAAAGCUUUUAAGUAUCCAAGAAGCUUUAACGUGGAGCUUGAACGCAUGGACAAAGAAAUAUGGAGAAAUGUAUUCAUAUAAAAUACAGUUGUGCUAUAAUUUUAAAUAGGAUUGCUUAUCUGGUGUAUAAAAAUCUCAAGAGGAUUUCUUUUAAUCUUUUAACAAGAACAAAUACCUCCAAAAGCAUAUAAAUUAUUUCAUUAGUUUCAUAUAGCAAUUUUUGUUGUAUAAACACAUUGUUUUAACUUCUGGUAUUUCAGGUUGUAGUUUCUCUUUAACCAACACUUUAAAAAUGAUGAAUUAGUUUUUAAUUAGUAGUUAUUUCAAGCUAUCAUGCUUUUUGCUAUGUCCACAGCAUUCUGUUUGUAUUCAUGCUAACAUUUCUAUCAAAAUUUGCCUGCAACAUGCAGUUCUAUUUAAAGAGUUCUAUUUAUGCCAAUACUUGAGAGAGAUUGUAUGAAGCUAUUGUCAGCUUCUCUAUUUCACAAAUGCAAUCAGCAAAACUAUAUUGAUAUCAGAAAUCUGUUUUUUAAAAUAUAUUGGUGUAUGAUAAAGAUAAUCUAAUUUGUGAAUGAA